GAAUACCUAAAAGGCUGCUCACAAACUGCCUGAAGAGAAGAGUAUCAUUGCUUCCCACAUUACAACACUUAACUCUAAAAUGAGCUAAGUGCCGGCACGGUUUUCCCACUCCAUCAAAAUGCUUAUAGGAAGGGGCAACAAAACCAUUGGGGUACUGCACCAAGUCAAACUCCUCAGGAUAAGGUCUUCCUCUUUAAAUAGAAUGAUUCCCCUUACUAUGGGCCAUGGACUCCUUAACCUGCUGACUAAUAAAAUCCUUCAAAUCUUCCUUUGAAGGAUGGAUAUUUAUUGAUCCUGACUCAUUCUUUUCUUGACUCCCAAUAUCCUCAUCAAUCUGUACUACCUCCUUGGCCUUUUUUGCAUCGGUGAGAGGCUUAUCUACUAAGUCUGGGGUCUUUUGAGGACCCAAGAGCUGAGUGGUAAGGGCUGUCAUGGUAGAGGCCAUUUCAUCUAAUCUCUUAGCCAUGUCAUUGAGCUGAGCAUCUUUAUCUUUCAACUACUGAAGCAAAGCACGGAUAUGAGGAUUUUCACUCCCUUCCUCCUCUACUUGCAUGUCCAACAACUCAUCUAUAUGAGGGUCUCCUAGAAGAGAGGAUCCUCUUUUGUUAUUGUGGAGAACAUAGAUAUCCUCUUCAUCCAUAAGAUCAUCCUCAUCAGGAUUAAAGUCCUCGAGCAAUUUUUUAUGUUUUUCUUUCUCUUUUUCCCUCUCUUCAUCCUCAUCAAUCUUCUUAAGGCUAUCUUUCAGAUACUCCAUUUCUUUAAUGGUUUUGCCUGUUGAGGGGUUGACAUGAGGGGGAUGAUACUCUUCAUAGCUAUUGACCUCCAUAGGUGCUUUCCCUUUGUCUUUGGGGUUAACAUGGGUAGGAGGGGAAGAGUGUAACACAGAUGGAGCUACUAUCUUGGGUCUCCAUGCAUUCUUCACCCCAGAUGUGGAGUUUUGGGGUUUUUUAUUUCCUCUUGCUAUCUCAUCUAAAGGUGGAGUCUGAAUGCGACCCCCGGAGAGUGACUCAUCAUGGGGCAUAAGAAGUCUAUCUUCUUGUGAAGGCCUUCUAAACCUAUUGAGUACCUCAGAUCUAUUAGAACUAGAAAGGGAGGUUCGAGGGACCACUUGGCGAUCAGGGUGAUCAACCUUUGGUCUACCAUGGACCUAAUUUGGUGCUACUGAGUUCUCAAACAGAACAAUCUACUCACUAAACAGUCUUUUCUGGUGAGGCUUAGAAUCAUACCCAUCUGCCAAUGCUGACACUGCUGGUUACUUGGAAAAUACGUCUGUCCCUCUGGGAUGGUUGAACAAUCAACCUACUAUCUUCAGGAUCCCUAUCCUCUCUCAAAAGUAACUCAGCAAAAUCCUUCCCUUGUGAUUGUGUUUUCAUAGCCUUGAUCACCUCCCCCUUUGUUGUGUGGAGUUGAUCAGCUACCAUUUGAAAUAUCCUCCUUAUAUUUUUCUCCCACUUCUUUCUCCUCUCUUCAUGAGUGCUUUUGGAAAUUCUAAAUGGAGGCCUUGUGGGUAAUGCAGCUAUCUUCUUAACAUCAUCCUCUCCCCUAGACACAGAAAGAGGAUAAAACCUACUCCCCUCAGCUAAUGGAGAGAGGUCCAUCAUCUCAGUGUCCAACUCAGCUUACUCUUCCUUCUCCAUCCUUUUUUUAAAUCUCUUGUAUUUAUUUCUUUUUUGAAAUUUAGUUAUAACAUAAAUAGAACUGCCACCUUCCUCAUACUGACUGGGCUGAAACAAACCCCCAGGCUCUAGAACACUUGGGAUAACUACUAGAAACUGAUUUGGCUCAAGUUCUUUCUUAACAAAUUUCUGCUUAAGCAAUAGUGGGGUCAAAGUUGUUUGUCUUUCAUCUGACUUCAGGAUCUUUAGAAAGGUCAGUCUAUUAAAGACAGAAGGUCAAGAGGCUAGAGCUUUUGGAGACAACUCAGCCACCCUCUUCCUACUGCUAUGAGUAGGUAACCUCUCCCUGGCGGGCAAAUUUAUUUCCAAAAUUUUCUUUUCACGUGAAGGUUGGUUUUCCAAGGACCUAGCCUUUGAAUGUGUAGGACCCUGGAAAAGAACCUCCAUGUCUUCAAAACCUUCCCAAACUUGGUCAUGUCCCCAGGAGCAAAGCAGGAUGAUCAAAAGACAACUGCAACUGAUCAUCAAAUUUGAAAAUCAGUUUUUAUUCCAUUUCUGACUCAUUGAAUUCUCAGACAACUGAAUCUCAAAAGUUUUCCUGAAAUUCAAAAUUCCUUAUAUUAAUCUUUUUGUUGAAAUUCAAAAGCGCUCUUACAUUUCUUUAACCUGUAGCAAAAUAUCCGUGACUUGUGCCUCCAGGUUUUUGACAUGCUGAUCUUCAUCCCUAGCUCUGUUGAUUCGUCUAAAUCCGAAUCAACUGCUGUUGAACUUUCCUUUCUGGAGUCGCGAGCGAACUAUGCUUCUUUGAUAAAUUUGAUAUCAUGAAUGCAUUGAUGCGAUGUGUUUGCAAUCGACGAAGUAUAGAUGAUGAGACCACAACCAAGGCACCUUGACAUUUGUUCCCCGCGACUUUGUGUCUGUUAGUCGUUAUUGUUUUUGCAUUCGCUUGGAUUUAAUUUUGAAGUGCACAUGGAGGUCAACAGGAACAUUAGCAGCAUAUUUGGUGUCAGAUAUUUCUUUUACAUUUUUGAUAAAAAAAGUACUUGCUAUCAUGAAACCCCGAAAGAAAGAAAAGAAGAGGGUAGUGAAGUAUAAGGGUAAUCGUUUGCAACUGAAAUCUUCUUGCAUGGUACCCUUGAGAGUUUUUUGUGGGUUAUUCUGUUAAUAGUAGCUGUUGAAUCCUUCUACAAGUUUCUAGUUAACGCUCCUCUGAUUGUCCUGCAAAUCUUUGCAUGGAUAGUUGUCUUUCAUAUUCUAGGCGUAUCUCUGCUUGGUUUUCUGUAUAAGUCGAUGAAUUUGAAGGCAUGCACUAUAAAUGCGCUGCUGAUGGUGUGAUAGAGGCAGCUUACUCAAGAAACCUGUGUUAACUAUGUCAUGGAUCACUAGAUAAUUUAUUCUACUGCUCUAUUUUAUAUGCUCACCAGCGCUGAUGUUGAUGCAACUUAUCAUCAUACUAGCAUUCAUAUUCUGUUUUUACUUCGUUUUCUUUUACCACAACUUACAAUUGCUUAUGUUAUUCCUCUGGACUUUAGUUACUCUUCUGCUAUAAAAACUCCAAUCACUUGCUACUACUGUUUUACCUGUUUCAGUUGGAGCUUUUAUAUCAUUAUGUUAGAUCCAAUUAAGCCAACUUGUUUUCUUUUUUUUACCUUUUCCAGUUUUGUAGAUCUGAAGAAUAUAUCAGCUUCAAUUUAUAGCGUGGAACUUUGUAAUCGAUUGCGUGAAUUUCUUAUUGCAUGUCCCCCCACUAGUCCUUCACCACAUGUGGUAGACCUAGUAAUUGCCGCAGCAGAUAUUCAGAAGGAUCUCAUUAACUGGAAUAUAUGUCAUGUAAAGGGUGGUGUUGAUGCGAAAGAGCUCUUUCACCUGUACAUUAUAAUCUGGAUUCAAGAUAAACGCUUGCAGUUGCUGGAGUCAUGCAAGCAAGACAAGGUAAAAUGGUCUGCUGCCACAACGCAGCAUUUGACAACUCCAUUUGUUGAUGAAAUCUAUGACCUACUGAGGAAUACUCUCAAAGAGUAUGAUGUUAUCAUUUGUCGCUGGCCAGAAUACACUUCCCCUCUUGAGAAUGUAAUUGCAGAAGUUGAGAAAUCAGUAAUUGAGGCUUUAGAGAGGCAGUAUGCUGAUGCUUUAGCUCCCUUGAAAGAUGCUCUGUCACCCAAGAAAUUUGGACUCAAAUAUGUGCAAAAACUGGCGAAACGCAGUCAUUUAGGCCCUUAUACUGUGCAUGAUGAUCUUGGACUUCUGUUGAAUAGUAUUAAAAGAUUGCUUGAUGUUUUGCACCCCAACGUGGAAGAGCAUUUUAAGUCCUGGGCGUCUUAUGUGCCUGCUGGGGUAAAUAAUUCUGUUGGCGAACAGCUUAGUGAAGUUACAGUGACACUAAGAGCAAAGCUUCGAAUCUACCUUCAAGCAAUUGUGGAAAAGCUUGUGUUGAAUAGUCAUUCACAAAGAGCUACAAAAUUGAAGAAGAUUAUCCGGUAUUCAAAGGACUUCAUGGCCGAAUCUGACAUCAGGAACAGGAUGCAACCACUGAAGGAUCAACUUGUAGAGAUAAUAUAUCACCUUCAUACAAUUUUUGAGAUGCCCGUCUUUGUGUCAUUAUGCCGAUGUUUCUGGGAUAGGCUGGGACAGGAUGUUCUAACAUGCCUAGAAGAUAAGAAGAACAGAUCUUGGUAUAAAAGUGCAAGAGUCACAGUUUCUAUUUUGAAUGAUACAUUUGCAUCACAAAUGCAACAAUUGCUUGCAAAUGUAGUGGAAAAGGAUAUGGAGCCUCCAAGUUCCAUAAUGGAAGUACGUUCAGUUCUCUGUAAGGAUGCUCCGAGUCAUAGGGAUUCCAAUUUCUAUUACUAGAAUUGUUCAAAAAAACCCCAACUGGUCAUUACUCGUUGAACAAAUUUAUUUAUUUAUUUUUUCAAUAUUUGAGCAUAGGUAGAGAUUGUACAAAUAUUAGCAUUUUUUCUGGAGUUAUAUAGGAAGGAUAUAGUAUAGUUGAAAGAGAUAUUAAGGAAUCCAUCCAGUUUUGCUCAUUGGCUGCUGGACUUCAUUUCAUCUGUAGCAGUUAACUUUAUGAUUUUGUGGCUUUGCAUUCAGUUCUUAUCUAGGAUCAAAAUUUAUGUAAACAGAUGCUUGCACUUUAAUUAACUUCCACUUCCAUUGCAGACA